UAGUCACGGUCUUCCCACAUUUAUAAGUGAAGGCAGUGAUCAGAUUCUGGCAAUAGCUUUUCUGGUAAAGCUGCUGAAGAGAGAAUCUCCCUGAGGUUGUUCUGCUCCGCAUUUACCUCUGGUGCAGGAGGUCCAGUUUCUCACAAUGAGAUUUCCGAUGUUACCGUGUGUGGCUCUACUGCUGCUGGGAAUAAUAAUCAAUGGACAGCCACCAGUAACAGCAGUACUGAAUACGACUACCUCACAGCCAGGAGUCAGUGAUAUCAAGUUGGUGAACGGUCCCAAUCUAUGUUCUGGAAGAGUGGAGGUUUUCCACAAUGGAAUCUGGGGAACAGUGUGUGAUGAUUUCUGGGAUGCUACAGACGCGGCAGUGGUGUGUAGAGAACUGGGCUGUGGGAUUGCUGUAGAGGCAAAGAGCAAUGCUUAUUUUGGACAAGGUUCUGGACAGAUAUGGUUGGAUGAUGUUCAGUGCCGUGGGAAUGAACCUACACUGAGAAACUGUUCAUCAAGAGGAUGGGGUUUACAUGACUGUGGGCACAAUGAAGAUGCUGGAGUUAUCUGCCAAGGCCAGCCACAAACAAGUACAGCACCAUCGACAGUAACAGCAGUACUGAAUACGACUACCUCACAGCCAGGAGUCAGUGAUAUCAAGUUGGUGAACGGUCCCAAUCUAUGUUCUGGAAGAGUGGAGGUUUUCCACAAUGGAAUCUGGGGAACAGUGUGUGAUGAUUUCUGGGAUGCUACAGACGCGGCAGUGGUGUGUAGAGAACUGGGCUGUGGGAUUGCUGUAGAGGCAAAGAGCAAUGCUUAUUUUGGACAAGGUUCUGGACAGAUAUGGUUGGAUGAUGUUCAGUGCCGUGGGAAUGAACCUACACUGAGAAACUGUUCAUCAAGAGGAUGGGGUUUACAUGACUGUGGGCACAAUGAAGAUGCUGGAGUCAUCUGCCAAGGCCAGCCACAAACAAGUACAGCACCAUCGACAGUAACAGCAGUACUGAAUAUGACUACCUCACAGCCAGGAGUCAGUGAUAUCAAGUUGGUGAACGGUCCCAAUCUAUGUUCUGGAAGAGUGGAGGUUUUCCACAAUGGAAUCUGGGGAACAGUGUGUGAUGAUUUCUGGGAUGCUACAGACGCGGCAGUGGUGUGUAGAGAACUGGGCUGUGGGAUUGCUGUAGAGGCAAAGAGCAAUGCUUAUUUUGGACAAGGUUCUGGACAGAUAUGGUUGGAUGAUGUUCAGUGCCGUGGGAAUGAACCUACACUGAGAAACUGUUCAUCAAGAGGAUGGGGUUUACAUGACUGUGGGCACAAUGAAGAUGCUGGAGUCAUCUGCCAAGGCCAGCCACAAACAAGUACAGCACCAUCGACAGUAACAGCAGUACUGAAUACGACUACCUCACAGCCAGGAGUCAGUGAUAUCAAGUUGGUGAACGGUCCCAAUCUAUGUUCUGGAAGAGUGGAGGUUUUCCACAAUGGAAUCUGGGGAACAGUGUGUGAUGAUUUCUGGGAUGCUACAGACGCGGCAGUGGUGUGUAGAGAACUGGGCUGUGGGAUUGCUGUAGAGGCAAAGAGCAAUGCUUAUUUUGGACAAGGUUCUGGACAGAUAUGGUUGGAUGAUGUUCAGUGCCGUGGGAAUGAAUCUUUACUGAGAAACUGUUCAUCAAGAGGAUGGGGUUUACAUGACUGUGGGCACAAUGAAGAUGCUGGAGUCAUCUGCCAAGGCCAGCCACAAACAAGUACAGCACCAUCGACAGUAACAGCAGUACUGAAUACGACGACCUCACAGCCAGGAGUCAGUGAUAUCAAGUUGGUGAACGGUCCCAAUCUAUGUUCUGGAAGAGUGGAGGUUUUCCACAAUGGAAUCUGGGGAACAGUGUGUGAUGAUUUCUGGGAUGCUACAGACGCGGCAGUGGUGUGUAGAGAACUGGGCUGUGGGAUUGCUGUAGAGGCAAAGAGCAAUGCUUAUUUUGGACAAGGUUCUGGACAGAUAUGGUUGGAUGAUGUUCAGUGCCGUGGGAAUGAAUCUUUACUGAGAAACUGUUCAUCAAGAGGAUGGGGUUUACAUGACUGUGGGCACAAUGAAGAUGCUGGAGUCAUCUGCCAAGGCCAGCCACAAACAAGUACAGCACCAUUGACAGUAACAGCAGUACUGAAUACGACUACCUCACAGCCAGGAGUCAGUGAUAUCAAGUUGGUGAACGGUCCCAAUCUAUGUUCUGGAAGAGUGGAGGUUUUCCACAAUGGAAUCUGGGGAACAGUGUGUGAUGAUUUCUGGGAUGCUACAGACGCGGCAGUGGUGUGUAGAGAACUGGGCUGUGGAAUUGCUGUAGAGGCAAAGAGCAAUGCUUAUUUUGGACAAGGUUCUGGACAGAUAUGGUUGGAUGAUGUUCAGUGCCGUGGGAAUGAACCUACACUGAGAAACUGUUCAUCAAGAGGAUGGGGUUUACAUGACUGUGGGCACAAUGAAGAUGCUGGAGUCAUCUGCCAAGGCCAGCCACAAACAAGUACAGCACCAUCGACAGUAACAGCAGUACUGAAUACGACGACCUCACAGCCAGGAGUCAGUGAUAUCAAGUUGGUGAACGGUCCCAAUCUAUGUUCUGGAAGAGUGGAGGUUUUCCACAAUGGAAUCUGGGGAACAGUGUGUGAUGAUUUCUGGGAUGCUACAGACGCGGCAGUGGUGUGUAGAGAACUGGGCUGUGGGAUUGCUGUAGAGGCAAAGAGCAAUGCUUAUUUUGGACAAGGUUCUGGACAGAUAUGGUUGGAUGAUGUUCAGUGCCGUGGGAAUGAACCUACACUGAGAAACUGUUCAUCAAGAGGAUGGGGUUUACAUGACUGUGGGCACAAUGAAGAUGCUGGAGUCAUCUGCCAAGGCCAGCCACCAACAAGUACAGCACCAUCGACAGUAACAGCAGUACUGAACAUGACUACCUCACAGCCAGGAUUCAGUGAUAUCAAGUUGGUGAACGGUCCCAAUCUAUGUUCUGGAAGAGUGGAGGUUUUCCACAAUGGAAUCUGGGGAACAGUGUGUGAUGAUUUCUGGGAUGCUACAGACGCGGCAGUGGUGUGUAGAGAACUGGGCUGUGGGAUUGCUGUAGAGGCAAAGAGCAAUGCUUAUUUUGGACAAGGUUCUGGACAGAUAUGGUUGGAUGAUGUUCAGUGCCGUGGGAAUGAAUCUUCACUGAGAAACUGUUCAUCAAGAGCAUGGGGAUCACAUGACUGUGGGCACAAUGAAGAUGCAGGAGUCAUCUGCCAAGGCCAGGCACAAACAAGCACACCACCAACGGCAGUAACAGCAGUACUUAACACGACUACCUCACUGCCAGGAUUCAGUGCCAUCAAGUUGGUGAACGGUCCCAAUCUAUGUUCUGGAAGAGUGGAGGUUCUCUACAAUGGAAUCUGGGGAACAGUGUGUGAUGAUUUCUGGGAUGCUACAGACGCGGCAGUGGUGUGUAGAGAACUGGGCUGUGGGAUUGCUGUAGAGGCAAAGAGCAAUGCUUAUUUUGGACAAGGUUCUGGACAGAUAUGGUUGGAUGAUGUUCAGUGCCGUGGGAAUGAAUCUUCACUGAGAAACUGUUCAUCAAGAGGAUGGGGAUCACAUAAUUGUGGGCACAAUGAAGAUGCUGGAGCCAUCUGCCAAGUAACAGCAGUACCGAACACGACUACCUCACAGCCAGGAGUCAGUGCUAUCAAGUUGGUGAACGGUCCCAAUCUAUGUUCUGGAAGAGUGGAGGUUUUCCACAAUGGAAUCUGGGGAACAGUGUGUGAUGAUUUCUGGGAUGCUACAGACGCGGCAGUGGUGUGUAGAGAACUGGGCUGUGGGAUUGCUGUAGAGGCAAAGAGCAAUGCUUAUUUUGGACAAGGUUCUGGACAGAUAUGGUUGGAUGAUGUUCAGUGCAGUGGGAAUGAAUCUUCACUGAGAAACUGUUCAUCAAGAGGAUGGGGAUCACAUAAUUGUGGGCACAAUGAAGAUGCUGGAGUCAUCUGCCAAGCUUUCAGUGACCCUUGUUCUGAGCUCAACUGCACUGAACAUGAAUGGUGUGGAGAGAAAAAUGGAGUUUAUGGCUGUUUCUGUAACGAGAGUCAUAGAAGACAUGACCCAGACUCAUUUGAUUUCUCUGAGGUUUGUGAAAGCAGCUCUGGAUCCAUGUCUCUGUCUCGUUGUCAACUCUUUGAGGCUGGUUUUGCUAUUAACAAUUUACACCUCAAUGACCCCAGCUGCAGAGGAACAGUCUGGAAUGGCAGGGUGGAGUUUUAUUUUGACAACAAUGAACACAUCUGUGGUACAAGUCUUGUGGCCAAUGGCACCCAUUUCAUGUAUGAGAACUUCAUUUUUGGAACUUCAGGCUCAACUGAAGGUCCCAUCAGCAGGAAGAAAAUUCUGAAGCUAAAUUUCAACUGUAUAUAUCCCCAAACCCAAACACUUUCUAUGAAUAUGGAAAUCAAUCCACUAGAGAGCAUUGUCCACAAGAAGCUUCCUGCAGGUCAAGGGAGAUAUCAGGUCAGGAUGGUUCCAUUUCAGGAUGCAGGGUUUUCCCAGUUCUUCAAUGGAAGUGUAAAUGUGGAAGUGAAUCAGCAGAUAUUUGUGGAAAUUCGUGUUGAGGGGGUUGAUAGCCGUCAGUUUGCCACAGUGAUUGACAAAUGUUGGGCGACACCUGAGAAUGAUCCUCAACACUCUGUGCACUGGGACCUUAUCAGUGGAGAGUGUCCGAGUCCAAACGAUGAGACAGUGCAGCUGCUGCAGAAUGGAGUUUCCGUAUCCAGCCAUUUCUCUUUCAGGAUGUUUGUCUUCAGUGCAAACUCCACAAAGGUUUACCUGCACUGUACUGUUUACCUUUGCCUUCUGACAAGAAAUCACUGCUUAACUCAAUGCGACUCUGGAUCCCACUGGAGAGAGAGCAGGUCUGCAGAAUUCCACGACAGUGCUUCCCUUUCCAUGGGUCCCCUAAUGUUGUCUGAGAGGAAUUAAGAUAAUAAGGCCCUGUGCAACAGAAGAUAUCUACGGCUUCUGCUAAGCGUUCUGAUUGUUUUCUAUCAUCUACUUUAUAUUUUUUCAAAGAAUAUUCCUUGUUUUAUAUAUUUCUCAAAUCUCUCUAAUGAAUGCGAUACUACCUUGCUACAAUAUAAUGCAAAUCAUGCUCUUAAGAUACUUUUUUGUUUUUUUAGUAAAUUCUGUUUUUCAAACCAGCACAUAUAUAUUGUUCAUUAUGAAGUGCAUUAUUAUGGGAGCCAUUUGGUCCAAAUAACGUGUUUAAUGUGUGGGGUACAAUCAUUUUAUGCAGGCAUAAUUCUCUUUAUCUAUGCUAUAAUACAAAUAAACAAACAUUGUAUUGUC